AUGAUUUUUCUCCGGUCGAUCACCGAAGCAUCCUUCGAGGUUUGCCUCUCGGAGCCUGCGCCGAGAAAUGGGUCACACCCAGCAAUGGAAGUGAACUUCGUAGCUGUGUCUCCGGGAGUGCAUUUGCUGCCUGACGGUCGGGUAGUCGAGGCUGGCCGUGUCCAGACGCUUCAGCGGCAAGCAGCGGACUGUAGACCCCUGGACUUUCCUCACCGGGGUUGGGAGUGGGUCUCGUUCUUACAUCCAUUUCAAGUGCCUCCGACUUGUCUUGUCAUGAUGCAAACGCUGAACAAUGCGGUGACGCAUGUCCCGAUGACGCCCUGGCUGGUUGCAGCCAUAGGGGGGAUAAAUUCCACGGGAAUGGAGGUGGCCCUGGAUUCAAUGAAGAACACGGAAGACGGCACUGUGAACUCGCCAGAGGAGAUUGGUUAUAUUGCCUUCGAUUCCCAACCAUACACAAACUCUGCCGAAAUCUUGGCCGAUUCCCCGGCGUCACCCAUCCAGUACGUGAUCAUGACCACUGGGACCCUUCCUUAUAUGGGAUGGGGCGACGGCGAUAGGUCAGAACAAUACGUGAGCUUCACAAGAACCUUUCCACAAGCCAGUUCCGUGGUGGUAGUCGCCGGCCAGGGCAGCCGCAACGCACCGGAUGGGGCCUGGCUCCGCCACUUCGAGACAAAUGCCGCAACCGCCCGGAUCUUCGCAGAUGAGAAUGACGCAGAGGUCAAUGCCAGCAGUGCGGGCCCUGUGGAACUUGUUACUGGCCCAUGGACGGCGACUUCUGCGGACAGCGACGGCAAAGUUCACACUUUUGACCUCUCCGGAGGGGUUAACGCGACGAGCGUGGCCUUCCCUUCCCUCAACAUGUUUAAAGAAGACGCCGAACUGGAGUUCGAGCUCGUCUGCAGCAAUGCCAGCAACCAGCUUCGGGCAAUAAGGGUAGGCAACUCCGCUUUGGACUCGGCAUGGACAGUGUCAGGCCUCGACGUGCAUUGCAGCCCAGUGAGCGACCAGUGGCAGAAUGUCACAGUGCCUCUUUGGAACGGGGACGUAUCCUAUGUGGGCGAUAUUCCUUGGAGUGACCUGUCGAAGCUGGAGCUCUUAGCGCAGUCGCCUGGACCUGUGUCGUUUCAGAUCUCGAACAUCGCGAUCCGAAUUGUCCAUUGUAGGGACGACAACGACAACAACAGCAACCACUUCAGUAUCAUCAACCUCAAGCACCCGCACGCAAACGUCAAAGACAAGCACGAGCACAAGCACAGCCAGCAGCACCAGCUCAAGUUCUAG